AUGGAUGAACAACCAACUAACCUUCUAAUCGAACUGCCCAACGAACUGCAUCUGCAGUAUGCCUCCUACCUGGACGCUAGGACCCUCAGCCGACUGAGCCGGACGUGCCAGGAAUUGAAGAACAAGUUCAGCGAGGAGCUGGAGCGAGCCCACGAAGCCCACAAGUGGGCGCUCGCGACCGUCAACUACGGGGGGGGUGAGUGGGAGUCACAAACGGCCGCCGAUGUUGAAGCCCGGGUGCGGCGAUAUUACCUGGGGGCGUCAAUCGCGGUGGCUUCCCAUCCAGAGCGAUGGUCGCGGUCCAGCCGCAUAAGGAACGUCAUAGAACAGGGCCGAGUCGGCCUGCUAGAGAAGUACCUGAAAGCCCGGGGCGAUCCCAAUCUCCGCCUCAGACCAGAAAUAGCGUCCCCCCUCCUGCAUUUGGCGUUGUACUCCGGGGCCGGCGGCGCUGAGGCGACGAUCGUCCGGCUCCUGCUCGAGUACGGCGCGGAACCGAACCUCGACAAUUUCCAGUUUCGAGUUCUCAACGAGGAUGACGAGUACCCUCAGCCUGGCGACGAGGAACGAAUCAAACUGGUUCUGUCCCAUGGCGGAAGAGCCACCGACGAAUGGACGAUUUUCAGUCUGUAUCAGCUGGAUGGUGGCUCGGCCCUGGUACGGAUGGCGGUCGCCAAUGGUACCAAUCUGAUGGAGCUGGGCUGGGAGUGGUACGAUCUGGUCGGCACGCUGCUCUGGGACGAGGCCAGGAACCGGUACACCGACGAUCAAGUUUUUGAACUGCUGGACCUCGAGCCCCAGCUGAUUACUGUGGUGGAGAAGAGUGCCAAAUAUUCCAUUCCGUACAUCAGACAGCAUCGGCCAGCCCUUGCCGAGCGCCUGAUUCGUGAACCGAGCCCUGUUUACAGGCUGGCGAAUCUGUGUGAGGACUUGUAUCAUUAUCUCUAG